GGCUGGGAGGGCGAGGCUGGAGGUUCCCUGGGUGGCUGCCGGGUCCCUGGGCUCGGGUCGUUGGCACCCCCAAUUCUGUCACGUCAGCGGCGCCGGCCAAUCACCGACUGAAGCCAAGCGGGCGCGGCGUACAACCGGCCAAGGAGUGAGCGCGAAGCAGGACUACAUCUCCCACAAUGCUAAGGAGACGUAGGCUUGCGUCAUGCUAGGACCACGCCCCCUUGGGAUUUAGACCAAUCACAGCCGCAGGCCAGGAGGGCGUAAAGGACUACGGGUUGUGUAGUCCAUACGCAGUGGGACUGCAGCCCCCAGUGUUCCCCGCGCGUCAGGGAGGAGUAGUGCGGCGGCGCGGGCGGCCGUCGGGGCUGGGCGGCGGCGGCGGCAGCUAAGAGGGCCCGGUUUGUGGGAGCCAAGGUGGGAGCCGGCCUCGGCGCGCGGCCACCAUGUCCGCGCCGUCGGAGGAGGAGGAGUACGCGCAUCUCGUGAUGGAGGCACAGCCGGACUGGCUGCGCGCGGAGGUGAAGCGGCUAUCCCACGAACUGGCCGAGACCACGCGUGAGAAGAUCCAGGCGGCCGAGUACGGGCUGGCGGUGCUCGAGGAGAAGCACCAGCUCAAGCUGCAGUUCGAGGAGCUCGAGGUGGACUAUGAGGCCAUCCGCAGCGAGAUGGAGCAGCUCAAAGAGGCAUUUGGCCAAGCACACACAAACCACAAGAAGGUGGCUGCUGAUGGUGAGAGCCGGGAGGAGAGCCUGAUCCAGGAGUCAGCCUCCAAGGAGCAGUACUACGUGCGGAAGGUGCUGGAGCUGCAGACAGAGCUGAAGCAGCUUCGAAAUGUCCUUACCAACACUCAGUCUGAGAAUGAGCGCCUCACGUCCGUGGCCCAGGAGCUGAAAGAGAUCAACCAGAAUGUGGAGAUUCAGCGUGGCCGUCUGCGGGAUGACAUCAAGGAAUACAAGUUCCGGGAAGCCCGUCUACUUCAGGACUACUCAGAGCUGGAGGAGGAGAACAUCAGCCUGCAGAAACAAGUGUCUGUGCUCAGGCAGAACCAGGUGGAAUUUGAGGGCCUCAAGCAUGAAAUCAAGCGCCUGGAGGAGGAGACCGAGUACCUCAACAGCCAGCUGGAGGAUGCCAUCCGGCUUAAGGAGAUCUCUGAACGGCAGUUGGAGGAGGCGCUGGAGACGCUGAAGACAGAGCGGGAGCAGAAGAACAACCUACGCAAGGAGCUGUCGCACUACAUGAGCAUCAACGACUCCUUCUACACCAGCCACCUGCCCGUCUCCUUAGACGGCCUCAAGUUCAGUGAUGACGCCGUCACUGCUGAGCCCAACAAUGACGCGGAAGCCCUGGUCAAUGGCUUUGAGCACAGUGGCUUGGUCAAGUCCUCGCUGGACAACAAGACAUCCACACCCAGGAAGGAUGGCCUGGCUCCCCCCUCCCCGAGCCUCGUUUCUGACCUGCUCAGUGAGCUCCACAUAUCUGAGAUCCAGAAGCUGAAGCAGCAGCUGGUGCAGAUGGAGCGGGAGAAGGUAGGCCUGCUGACAACCCUGCAGGACACACAGAAGCAGCUGGAGCAGGCGCGGGGGACCCUCUCUGAGCAGCAAGAGAAGGUGAGUCGUCUCACGGAGAACCUUAGUGCCCUGAGGCGCCUGCAGGCUGGCAAGGAACGGCAGACUUCCCUGGAUAACGAGAAGGACCGUGACAGCCAUGAAGAUGGUGACUACUAUGAGGUGGACAUCAAUGGGCCUGAGAUCCUGGCCUGCAAGUACCAUGUGGCUGUGGCUGAGGCCGGUGAACUCCGAGAGCAGCUCAAGGCAUUGCGCAGCACCCACGAAGCCUGUGAGGCCCAGCACGCAGAAGAAAAGGGCCGCUAUGAGGCUGAGGGCCAGGCGCUCACAGAGAAGGUCUCACUGCUCGAGAAGGCUAGCCACCAGGACCGAGAGCUGUUGGCCCAGCUGGAGAAGGAGCUGAAGAAGGUGAGCGAUGUGGCUGGUGAGACCCAGGGCAGCCUGAAUGUGGCUCAGGAUGAGCUGGUGACCUUCAGUGAGGAGCUGGCCAACCUCUACCAUCAUGUAUGUAUGUGCAACAAUGAGACACCCAACCGUGUCAUGCUGGAUUAUUACCGUGAGGGCCAGGGCAAGGCUGGCCGCACCAGCCCUGAGGGCCGUGGGCGCCGUUCACCUGUCCUUUUGCCCAAGGGGCUGUUGGCCACAGAGGUGGGCCGAGCAGAUGGGACUGGGGACAGCAGCCCUUCACCCAGCUCUUCACUGCCAUCACCAUUGAGUGACCCCCGUCGGGAACCUAUGAACAUCUACAACCUGAUCGCCAUCAUCCGAGACCAGAUCAAGCACCUACAGGCAGCCGUAGAUCGUACAACUGAGCUGUCCCGGCAGCGAAUUGCCUCACAGGAGCUGGGCCCUGCUGUGGACAAGGAUAAAGAGGCGCUCAUGGAGGAGAUCCUCAAGCUGAAGUCACUGCUGAGCACCAAGCGGGAACAGAUCACCACACUUCGAACAGUGCUCAAGGCCAACAAGCAGACAGCUGAGGUGGCCCUGGCCAACCUGAAGAGCAAGUAUGAGAAUGAGAAGGCCAUGGUGACCGAGACCAUGAUGAAGCUACGGAAUGAACUCAAGGCCCUCAAGGAAGAUGCAGCCACCUUCUCCUCCCUGCGGGCCAUGUUUGCCACCAGAUGUGACGAGUACAUCACACAGCUGGACGAGAUGCAGCGGCAGCUGGCCGCCGCAGAGGAUGAGAAGAAGACUCUUAACUCCCUGUUGCGUAUGGCCAUCCAGCAGAAGCUGGCACUCACCCAGCGGCUGGAGCUGCUAGAGCUGGACCAUGAGCAGACCCGCAGGGGCCGCAACAAGGCUACCCCCAAGGCCAAGCCAGCCACACCGAGCGUAAGUCACACCUGUGCCUGUGCCAGCGAGAGGGCGGAGGGCGCCGGGCUGGCCAACCAGGUGUUCUGCAGCGAGAAACACAGCAUUUACUGUGAUUAGGGCUGUGGGGUGCUGCACGCCGCUAACGUCCGCUUCACCUCAACUAACCCAGUUGCAGUGGGACAGCAGUGCUAGGCCGGUCUUAAUGUGACUAACGCACGGAGGGCAGCAUUCUAGGCGAGUGGCAGCAUUGGGGCACAUCUGUCACGAGGACACUUGGAGCUUGGGCUGCUUCUCACUCCACAGCCCCUCAAGGAUAUCCGCAUCAGUUGCUGUCUUGGGGUGGUGGUGUCAAAGGUGGGGGUGGAGCUGUACACCUUUGUGUAAGACAGUGAGGUGGAAGUGUUUUCCAGGGUCCCCAGGCACUGUUAGGAGAACCCGAGGGAGUCCUUCCCUUCCCUGGGCACACAGGCAGAGCCUGAGUUGAAACUUGCAUGUUCCUCGCAUGUGUCUAAUAGCAGCACUUGAAAGCAGUUUUCUGAGGCUCAGGCCUGCGGUAGGAGCAGCCCAGGUUAGCUCUCGGAGGUUGGUGUACUUUCAUGAAAAGUUUCCUUAUAUUUUGUGCAGCAUCUCACUGCAAAGCAUAUUCAGGACAGAAGUCCAGAACUUCUUCCCGGUCCCAGAGGGAACUGACCCCAAGAGCCUGCAUUCUGCGAUGAGACCCCACACUUCAGACACAAAUAACUGUAGCCCAGGAGGACAGAGCUUGGCUGCGUAGGGUCUCAUCUCUGAGAUCCACGUGCUGCUCUGCCCUGUGAGGUGUCAAACCGGCAGGGCCUGAGGGCCUAGCUUUCCUUUUUUAAUGAGGAAGUGUUCCAAGUGCCUGGCCAGACCCUGGUCCUUGGUGCAGAGCCUGUUCUUUGGUACUUGGAGACCCAUAGCCCAUGCUUGGGACUUUUCCUAGAAGUUGUCAGACCCAAAGAAGCAGCAUGUUGAGGACUGCUGUUGAGCUCUACCAAGUUGCACUGGUCCAGUAGAGCCCAGCUGUGUGCUGGAAGGGCUUUUUGUGGGCCCAGAGCUGUGCUCAGGACCUGCAGGUAAGAGUCACGGGGUUCUCUGUGCAAUCUGGGGAUGCUACAGAAGGAAGAAAGGCCACUGAGGCCUCUCCUUUUCCAGAGGCUCUGCCAGUGCAGCACUGUGGCAUCAGGCGUUUGCUUUAGUGCGCUGUGGAGCAGGACUCUGCUCAGUAUUUCUCUCCCAGACUCCCAUCUCCCGUGACAGCUGCUGGCCUGUCUCUCCCUGUGGAAAGGUAUCUUUCGUGGUGUGGAACACAGCAUUGGUACCCAGCAUGGGACCCUGUGGUCUCUCAGACAGCUUUCUCUUUCUUCCCUCUGUGUGGUGCCUGGUUGUUCAGUCUCCUUCAGAGUCUAGGCACCACACGGUCGUGCAUUGAGGGUAGAAUAGGCCACAUGUGUCCCUUGCAUGUCCGCCCUAGGAAUGGCUGCCCGCAUGCCCACCCUCCUCCUGCCUUUCCUUUCCUUUGGGUCAGAGCGCAGCUUCUCUUACAUCGUAUGGGGCUUUGCAGGCACUUGGAGCCCCAUCCCCUAACACACAUGCAGGCCUUCUCUGCCAACUAAUGUGCUCGCUCACUCAGAACAAGAGCUUAGUGUCAAGUGAGCAGGAAGUGGCAGGUGACUGAUUUCUAAUCCUGUCUUGUUUUCUCCUGUUUUCAGCUGUAGAGUAGCUGCUGGGAGGAUGUGGCCACCGGCCCUGUCACACUGCAGCCCCCCCCCCCCCCUCCCAUGGCCUAUGCAGAGGAAGGAAGGGCAGCCUAAAGUCCACUUAGAGAUGUUUGGAUAUGCCACUGUAAUUCUUUUCAAAAUAGCAUUCCCCACAUUCUUAAUGGGAGGAAAAAAAGCUUUACUCUUGAGAAUGCUGCGAGCUGCUGCUUGGAAAGGCCAGCGUACGGCCGAAGAACCUGCUUCCACAACCACUGCCAGGCUCUCUAGGGCCUGCUGGACCGCCUGCCGUGGGGGUCUCCUUAUUACACAUGCUCCUUUUUUAUCCGAUCAACCUGUGCACUUUUGAUAUUUUGAUAUUAUAUUUGCUUCCUUAAUUCCUUGCGUAGAGACGGUCUCCGAUGCCGUGGUCUGUGCUCGUGGUCCUGUAGCUGGCCGUCCUAGCUCCGGCGUGUUGAUCUGGCGUUGGCACGAGGCAGAGCUGUGCUCCAUAGUGUGUAGCUAGACUGCAGGUGAGGCUUCGACCCGGCAAGGAGCUGGCUAGUGUAUCCAUGCUGUGGUUCAACAGCCUUUAGAGGACACGGCAUUGUGGUUCAUGUUUGAAGUUACAGAUUUUAAAUGCCAUGUUCAUUAAGAAAUCCAGGGUAUUCCAAUUCUGGGGUUUUUCAUAUUGUAUUAUUAUUAUUCUUAGGAAUAGUUCAACGUAACAAGAAGAAAACUUGACCUUUGCUCUGGUUAAAACAGUAAUAGGCACUUGAAAGCAUAAAUUAUUGAAUGAGUAGUAUUACCUACAAAUUCCAGAAUUUUCUGGGUUUUAGGACAUUGUGAAGCAUGACUGACUAACAGAAUUUUAUACAACUGCACCAGUGAAAUUCCAAAUUGGAAUUGUUUUGUUAUUCUGGUUGUUGUGCCAAAUUGUGGUACACUUAGAAAAUUCUACAGUUGUCGAUUUUUAGGGUGUUCUAUUUCAACACCUUUUUGUUAGUAACCAUUGCCAGUAGUGCCUUCAUCAGUUAAGGGAGGUGUCCCAGCCAAGUAAGUUCUCUACAAUGGGCAGCGGAGAGCUAGUUGGGAAUGCUGAAGGCCAGUGUGGAGCAACAGGUAGGAGCGGGUACCUGGCCCACUUCAUACCUGGGCAUCUUCACUGAGAGAGAGAGAACAGUGAUUGUGUAAAAUUCUGUUAGUCAGUGAUUCUUCACGUGCAAAUUCAGGGGCUUAGAACCAGAACCAACACAAAAACCUGGCGUGUGCUUUGGGAACCAAAUGGACUUCAUGGGACAGGCUAAGCAAGCUGUACAAACGUCAUGUUUGUGAAGAGCCGAGGGCGUCGGGAGAGCCGGCGGCGUAGUCGGCCUGUGAGUACGGAAGAGGGUUAGCCAUAGUAUUCUUUGCAAAUGUGAAAACAAGACAUUAUAUCUUCUCUUGCUUGGUGUAACUAAUCACUGUUAAUUUCAGGAAACAGAAGUCACUAGAACUCCUUAGCAAACUGCUAAGUGAGGUUCAGGGUAUGGUCAAAUUGGUACUAGUGGGGGAAGAGAAAUUGGGCUCUGGCCUCCAAAAAAGGGACAAAUUAUAAUAAUAUAAAUUGUUAGGAAUUGAAGAAUUCUGUUUCCUGGAAUGAGCAUUUCUUAUUCCUAGUUGUUGGGACUCUUUGCCUUCUGUUACAGUGUUGAUUCAUACAAAUAUUGUUACAUUUGAGAUAACAUCAUCUGUAUGGGGUAUUUAUUUGCAAUGAUGUCUAAGUACUGUAUUUUUUCUGUGUGUUACCUUAGUGUCAGAAUGUUGGUCUUUAUUUUAAAAGUCAUAUGCAUGUUCUCCUGCCAAGGAACCUUUACACAGACCCAAAACAAAUAAUAAUAAGCAGAUGCCUUCAGUUUCUGAGAAAAUGAGGCCAAGUGAGGAAAAGGCAUAGGAGGAGAAAGUAGCUGAGACUUACAGCGCAGUCGUGUGGCGGGAACGUCUUCACAGCCAGCGCACAUAGGAAAAGUGGGCCUGGGUAAAGAGUCACAUUGGUAGGACCAAUAAAGAAUAAUAAAAAAAUGAAGCACA